UACGGAACCGCAAGAGCCGCUUGACGCCCAACGCAACCGCCAGCGGACGUCGUUUAUCCCCGGCCGUGUAGUUUCUCACCACCCUUGGCCCAGCUAUUAUGACGCUCACCCACGAGUGCAUUAUCCUUUGAGAAUCAACCCUAUCACAACAGCGACUGGGCUGCAAUCCAGAACCAACGCAUCAAGCUUGGACUGAGUUGCAAGCAUCAAUAUGGUAAGAGACGACGAUGGGAACAGCUCUCUGUCUGAGAUUGCGCGUCAGCAGGGCAAUUCGAUUGUUCCCCUUCUGGUCGGCAUUCAGAGCAACCCCGCAAUAACUCAGAGCAGAGUGCUGAGGUUUCUCGAGAACCUUGAAUGCCUACAGCUGCCUCAGCGUCCAACAAACCGGAAAGCAUCUGCUAUACGGGUGAGCCGAGAGCGCAUCAACCCCCUUCAACUUCGCAAAUAUGUGGCCUUGUCGUACACGUGGACGGCUUCAAAAUUCGAGGACAAAACCGCGGGGUUAUACCACGUCCAAGAAAGGGUCGGUCAAGGAUUUGAACCAUCCCGGGUCCGCAACACUAUCCUGGAUCGCAUCUUCAUUUACAUGCGAACGAUCGACGUCGACCUUCUCUGGAUCGAUCAACACGGCAUCAUUCAGGAUACCGACGGUUGCAAAAGACCAACAUGCGACCACGAAGCAUGCAUUCAAAAGCGGGAGGGAAUGGAAGUCAUGGACCUUGUCUACAAGUUCAGCAAGCACCCUGUCGGAUUGCUAGUAAGACCAAUCACAUCAGCUCGGGAGUUGAAACUCCUCGCAAACCUCCUUCAGCGCAAGCUGACCUCGGGGAAUGGAGCCCAUAUCCGGUUGUCGCGUAACAGAAACCCACAGGAGGCAUGGAUGGCCCUGGAAAUAUUACAUCGGAUUACCAAAGACGACUGGUGGCACCGCGGUUGGAUCUUUCAGGAGAAUUACAAAGGAGGCACCAGGAUGAAGCUACUUAUCAAGCAUUCGGAAGACCUCGAAGGCCUUAAGCGUUUCUAUGGAAACAUGAGGAAUCCCUACGGCAGCCCGAUCUUUGGCAACGUGGACGGCGAGCUGUGCAUUCGCUCCGUCAAUUUUUUGGAGGAGGCAACACGCCUUUGUUUAGCGUGUUGGAAGAGUAUCGGCCGGCACCGUAUACUCUCAAAUCCCACGAUGAGGAAGAGAAAAGAGGUCAUAAAGCAAAUUCUUCAGACCGCCAGCAAGUACAGGCUUGUACUAAAACCCUCAGAGCCCAUGACGCCACGCAUCAUCGCCGACAUUGAGAAGAGACAGAUGAAGGAGCGCUGGGACAGACUCGCUAUCACCGCCAAUUGCUGCCAGUACUCGACCCGACUCAACGUCCGGCAGCUGAUGCAAGAAAAUGUUAGCCUAAGUUUGGCUAUCCUCGCUCUGUGUUUGCUUAACGGCGAGGUCCUCCACAACGGACGUUCGGCAAACCCAAGAGCAUCCAAGAUGAAUGUCUCGAAAUUCUUGAAAGCGAGUCUUUUCGACGAGUUCAACAGCCCAAGCAAUCAACACAGCCUGACAUUCAACAGAAGCUGUCGCUUCUUUGACGUCUCGCUCACCAAGUCUGGCAUCAAAACACGCGGCCACAUGUGGAAAAUUUACAAAAUCAUCGACACUUGCAAAUGGCCCCUCCCAGGCGCAUGGGUAGAAGACCUCUCUGGCAUUCUGGAGCCUGGCCAACGGAAACAACUUGCCUAUCUUGCGCGGCAUCUAGCAAAAGCCGGUCACACCAGUCUCUCCGAUAAUAUCAAGGCAUAUCUUGAACGUGAUACCAGACUUGCGACGAUCCCGUACAACAACCUCUCGUUUACCGAGCGCUAUAUGCACACGAUGGCAAGCGAGGUUGCUGACGCGAUAGCGAAGGCAAGCCCGCUGGGUCUUGGAUGUCUAUGGGAUCCCAAUGAGGGCGAUGGAUAUAGACCCUACAUGGCCGUGUUUGUCUUGGAAGAUAGCGGCACCCUUUCGCAGACAAGUGAUAUAAGUGAUGAAAGCCACGAAAGCGAUGACGGCGAAGUAUAUGCCUUUACAGCUUCGCGUCCCGAUGAUUACAGUUCCAAGGAGUAUGACUCAAGUGAUCUCGACCGACACGUCUCGUUUGAGGUCGAGGUUGAGGGACUUGUUGGUAAUACUGAUGGACUGAUUCCUCAAAUCCGAAUCAGACGCUGGCUUCCCGGGUUGUGUUUUUUUAGGAGGGUAUCGAGGGCUCAUGUCGUCUUUUCGUGGCCGCGAGAUCUCGAGUCAAUUUCACCUUGAUUCCCAGUCCGGGUCAAGCUUUGCUUCAACAUCUCCCACUCUCUUUCCCCUAUAUUCGUUGCGAGAUGUCAUAACGUACUUGCAUAGCGAACCGCCACCAUCCCUUAAACCUCUUCAUCUUGAUGUCAGUCAAUUCAACCACAACGUUUCAAAUCAA